GGCUGGUAAUCAAAGUAAUAAAAAAUACACAGAUAAAAGUAGGAGUUUGAUGGUUUCAAUUAAAAAACCUAACGUUAUUAAACGUUUGCUUGAUAACGACCUUUCAUUCAAUGAUAUUGUUAAUUUAUCUCCAGAAGAAAUUGAUAGCGAUUUGAAAAAGUAUGCUGAUAAAGUAAGACAAGAAUCAAUUCGUCGUUCUGUUUUAACUGUCGACGAAAACCAGGGCCAAAGAAUUAGAAGAACUCAUAAAGGUGAAGAAUUGGUUGAAGAUACUAGUAACCAACAAGUUGACGACUUGGAUGCUAAUAUAAUGACCAGAAACAUCGAUCAUAGAAGAUUUCUGGAUGAUCAAGUCAAAGAAUCUGAUUAUAUUGUUGAUUCUAAAUCUAAAAAUGUUAAUUAUAGCAAUGUUGGUUAUGACGAUGACGAUGAUGAUGACAUUGAAAAUGAAGAGAAUGAUCAAAAUGAGGAUGAUUAUGAUCCAGAAGACAAAAAGGAAAAAUCUCCCGAAGCUGAAUCAAAAGAUACUUCUAAUACCUCUAGUAUAAGUGAUGACGAUUUAGAUCUCAUUCUCAGAGGCAAACCUACAAAUACUCCUGCUGAAGAACAAAAACCCAAACCGAAACCGCAAAUACACCUCCCACCAUCUUUACCUAAUCACCUUUGGUCAGGCAGAUUUACUUUCCCUGGAUUUGCUUCGUUUUCAGCAAAUGCUGAAUUUUUCACUUGUUCAAACUAUAGAGAACCUGUUGAUAUAAACUCCGUUAUCGGUCAUAACAAAUCCGUGAAAACAUCAAAAGAAAUAUAUGCCGCUAGAUCUUUCACAAUUCAAGGUAAAUUGAGCAGAUCAACUGCUGAAAGCUAUCUACAGAAAAUUGUGGCCACCAGAGAUUUAUUCUUAGUUGAAGUUUUAUGUGCAGAAAAUCAAUAUGAUUAUGAUAAAAUGUACCAAUACUUAGCAGAAAAUGGAAAAGUGGCAGUUUUAUCUGAUAAACCUCCUUUCGUGAAGGAUGCUUAUUUAAUUCCAAUUGAUGGUAAUGAUCCACAUUUGAAUCCAGUCUUUUCCAAUCUUCCCAAGGUAAUGGGAAAAAAAGGUUUGUUUGGCCUUUAUGUUGUUAAAAAGGAUCAUUCAUCAGUUCAACCAAAUGCCAUUAAAAGAACUCCUCCUUCCGGAAAUGCAACACCUGUGGUCAAUAAUAAACACCAUCAACCGCCACCACAACAAAGUUUGGAUUCCAUCUUAACUAAACUUAGUGGUGGAAAGCCAAAUCACCUGGAACACCAAUCCCAACCAACUCAAUCACAAGUACCAACCAAUGGUCUUCCCAAUAAUUUGACGUCAGACCAACUAAUGUACUUAUCUAACUUGGUGAAGCAAAACCCUCAUGUUCAAAAUAAUCCUCAAGCUCUUGUUCAAUUGAUCCAACAGCUGCAUAACAACUUAACGCCUUCUUCCAGCAACUACAACAACAACAAUGAUAAUGAUGACGAUGAUCUUCCAACUUAUGAAUAAGUCAUAUUCAUAUUUCAUUAAUUUCUCUGUAUAUUAGUCAAAUAUCUCAAUAGCGCAUAAGUAUUACUAAGUUUUAGCAUAUAUUAUCUACCCAUGUAAAAGCUUA